AUGUCGGCUACCAAAUUGCUCAACCUUCUCGCCCUCUCCACGCUCGCCGUGUUGCUAUGCUCGCAGGGCGCGAUGCCCGCGAACGCGCUCUCGGCCGACCACAACGUCGCCGCCCGCAACGCCCUCGGCGGUCACGGCCAGAUGAUCAGGAAGCGCCGCAACGACACCCACUCCAAGCGCCAGUGCCGCCAGCGCGACAACGCCAAGGACGGCAACGUCAAGCUCGCCAGCUCCAGCAGCGAGGCCCCCGCCGAGACGUCCUCUACCGACGCGCCCUCGUCCACCGACUGGACGCCCACCUCUACCUCUGACGCGUCGCAGUCCACCUCGUCGGACAACAACGGCGGUGACAGCGGUAGCAACAGCGGCAGUGGUAGCGGCAGCGGCUCCUCCGGCUCCAACAACGGCGGCAGCACUGUCAGCGCGCCCGGCGGCGGCAAGGUGGGCUUCUGCUGGGGUGGUAGCCCCGAUGAGCUCGCCAACUUCGUUACCGGCAAGACCAAAUACUUCUACAACUGGAGCGCCAGCAUUCCUUCCAAUGUCCGCGACCUCGGCCUUUCGCCCAUGGUUCAGCUCUGGGGCUACAAGAACGUCGAUGAGUUCGAGCAGAACGUCAAGCAAGGCUACGCCGACUGGAUUUUGGGCAUGAACGAGCCUAACGAAGUCGGCCAGUCCAACAUGUCGCCUGAGGAGGCCGUCAAGCUCUGGCAGGAGCACAUCCAGCCGAAGAAGGACCUCGGCUACAAGCUCGUCUCCCCGGCCACCUCUGGCAACCCCGCCGGCAAGGAGUGGAUGCAGAAGUUCUACGACCAGUGCCAGGGCUGCACGUUCGAUGCCCAGGCCGUCCACUGGUACGAUAUCAACGCCCAGGACUUCAUUGACUACGUCACCGACUACCACGACCGCUUCGGCCACCCCGUCUUCGUCACCGAGUUCGCCGACCAGAACUUCAACGGUGGUGCGCAGGCCAGCAUGGACGACAUCUGGGCGUUCAAGGCUGCCGUCACUCCCUUCCUCGAGAACACCGACUGGGUCCUCGGCUACUUCCCCUUCGGUUUCAUGCACGACAUGGUCAACGUCAACUACGACAACCAGCUCAUGGGUGGCGACGGGAAGCCCACCGCGCUUGGCGCCUCGUACAUCAACUAA